AUGGCCAUUAUAAAUUUUUCCAGAGCUAAUGGAACUGCUUGUACCCUACAAGGAGAGCCUGCAUACCCACAGAUUUGGAAGGAUGGUGAUAUCAUUGUUGGAGGGGCUUUCCCCUUCCAUAGUAGUUGGGAGACUAUUGACUUAUCCUAUGUGGUCAUGCCACCGCCAAUGAAGUGCAUGAGUCUUGAUUUGAGAGCACUCCAGCUUUCCCAGACAUUGAUCUUUGCAGUAGAGGAGAUAAACAACAGUUCUUCUUUACUGCCAGGUGUCUCUCUGGGAUACAAGAUCUAUGAUACAUGUAGUUUUGAAGCACAAGGGAUUAGAAUGGCCAUGGCACUUGGUAAUGGAAAUGAGAACUCAAUUUCAAAUGAGCCCUGUACAAAACCAGCCCAGGUCCAAGCCAUAAUAGGUGAAACAUACUCAUCAGUGUCGAUGGCUAUAGCAACCAGUAUUGGGCCAUUCAGUAUUCCUAUAAUCAGUCACUAUGCCACCUGUGAAUGUCUCAGUGACAAGAGGAAAUAUCCCUCAUUUUUGCGCACUAUUCCCAGUGAUUAUUAUCAGAGCAGAGCACUAGCAGAGAUGGUAAAGCACUUUGGCUGGACCUGGGUGGGAGCAAUAAGAAGAGAUGAUGACUAUGGUAACAGUGGAAUGGCUGCAUUUACCGAAAUUGCAGUGCAGUUGGGUAUCUGCUUAGAAUAUUCACUUCCAUAUUUUAGAACAUACUCAAAAGAAAGAGUUUUGAGAAUCAUUGACCAGAUCAAAAUCUCUACUUCUCGUGUGAUAGUUGGAUUUCUCGACACCUGGGAUUUGGAGAAUCUGCUGCAUGUAUUUUUUGAACACAACAUCACUGGAUAUCAGUGGGUGGGAACAGAGGCCUGGAUCUUUGACCCAGAGCUAGCUAAUUUGGACAAGUACAACAUACUGCAAGGAGCUAUAGGACUAGCUAUCCCCAAAGCAAAAGUGACAGGUCUUCAGGAUUUUAUUCUAGAUGUGAAACCAUUAAAAUCUGUAGGCAGUGGCAUUUUUCCUGAAUUCUGGGAGGCUCUGUUUGAAUGUCAAUAUACAAUGCAGAAUGAUUCAAAGGGCUUGCCAGUGUGCACAGGAAAAGAGAAGCUAUCUGAAGUGGAAAACACAUUCACUGACAUGUCCCUGAUGCCCAUUUUUAGUAACGUGUAUAAAGGAGUUUAUGCCAUUGCCCAUACUCUACACAACCUUCUUGGCUGCAAAAAAACAUGUCCUACAAAGCAACAGCCUGAUCCUCUCACAGUAAGUAAAUAACCAGUGUUCAUUACACUUAGACCAGGCAUGCCACAUGUCACACUAAUUCAAAUAUCGGAUAUAUUGUCAGUUUCUAGAACACCUCAAAAAGGUAUAUUUCAAAACCAAAGAAGGGGAAGAAGUUUAUUUUGAUAAAAAUGGUGACCCUCCUGCAAAAUAUG